GCGGAGGUCAAAAUCCUACCCCAACAUUUCGGAUCUGAUAACGGGGCUCAGCUUCGGAUCCCUUCCCGGCCUCUCUCUCUGGCGGCAGCAAAUUAGUUAGCGGCCUGCAAAAUUAUUUUCUCCCGCAGCACACACCACGCGCGUGCCCCAGCCCGCCGAGUGGGUUUCGUGGGCUAGCAGUACUUGAGAGGAUCCUGACGACUAACCCAUCAGUCAUCGACGGGUUGACCCCCCCCUUUUUUUUUCUUCCCCUUCUCGGUCUGUGCCGUAUAUAGUGCAAGGGCUCGCGCCGAAUCGGCCUCCAUCACCGGGCCAUGUCGCCCCCUUCGGCCGCCAACGUCGCCCCCCCGCCCUCUUCCUCCUCCUCCUUGCUCCCACGCCCAGGCGCAGCAGCAGCAGCAGCAGCUCCGCCGCGCAUGCCAGUCAAGCAAAAGAUGGCCGUCUCGCUCAAGUCUCUCAUGUCGUCGGUGCUGGGCCGGGGCUCCGGGUCCGGCUCCGGGUCCGGCCCCCCCGGGGUCACGGAGCUGUUCGCCAAGACGGACCCGGCGCGCGACGGCGACGAGUGCCUGCACGACUGCGACAGCUGCACCGUGCGCUACCCGCGCGGCUUCAAGAUCGAUGAGGACGACCUCAUGUACGGCCACGUCAAGGGCUGGAGCACCCACCUGCUCGUCGGCACCGGCAAGACCGACUGGGUGCGCGACGUGGCCGACGAGAAGGGUAGCGUCAUGGAGGCUAUAAACAAGGCGGAUGCGCCCACCAACGGGCGACUCAUGCUCUCCGCCUCCAACAUGCCCACCCCCCACGACACCAGCGACUACUCGGAGCCCACCACCGUCCUCCUCCUACCCGCCUUCACCCUCGUCGACAGCGUCCACCCCCGCAACGUCCCCACCCUCAUCGCCGAGCUCAUCAGCCGCGCGCCCACAAACACCUCGCCCCUGGGCAACACGACGCCGCUGCCGCGCUCCAUACCCAGCCCGCAGCAUCCCUCCUCCUCCUCCUCCCCCUCCGUCAUCCCCGACCUACUCACCCGCCCCUGCCCCCACAGCGCCGUCAUCCUCAUGUGCAGCCAGAAGACGCGCGACGCCCGCUGCGGCCAGAGUGCCCCGCUGCUGCGCAAGGAGCUCGAGCGCCACCUCCGGCCCCUCGGCCUGUACCGCGACCUGCACGACGAGCGGCCCGGUGGCGUCGGCAUCUACUUCAUCAGCCACGUCGGCGGCCACAAGUACUCGGCCAACGUCAUGGUGUACCGCCGGCCCAACGCCUUUGGCCAGGACGAGGAGGAGGAGGAUGAGCAGAAUUCCGCCUCGGAUGCCCACCAUCCCAACGGAACCGCCAACGGCAACGGCAACGGCGUGGCGAACGGCAACAGCAGCAGCGCCAACGGCAAGCCCGGCGACGGCGACAGUGACACUAGCGCCGGCCUUGGCGCCGGGCAGUGCAUCUGGCUCGCCCGCGUCAAGCCCGAGGACUGCGAGAACUUGGUCCGCUAUACGGUCCUCAAGGGCAAGGUGGUCAAGCCCGAGACCCAGCUGAGAGGCGGCUUCGACCGCGUCAAGGGCCUGACGAGCUGGUAGAAGGGACGGACAUCGAGAAAACCUGAGCAGACCAUGGAAGUGCAGGACGCGUGCCGCCGCCGCCGAGAAUUACGACGAUAGAACGAGACAUCUAAUACGCUGGAAAGAUGGGGG